ACGGUCUUUCUGAAAAAUAAUAUUCGGCUCAACAUUCAUAUUUUGAACUUCUUACAGUAAAGUGAAAUCGAGAGAUACCUAUUUGAAAUGGCUUCUUUUAUCACCGGUUCUAUCGCGAUUUUGUUUGUCGUCAAUGCAGCUAAUGGAUUGUCAUGUUACGACUGUAACUCAAAAGACAGCGUGACCUGCAAGUGGGGCUUGACGUCUUUCACAUACAACACCCAAGAAUGCACAAGCGCAGGAAUAUUGGACAAUGUCUUCACUCCCAAAUGUUACAAGAUCACUGCUGAAAACAAAGAUGGCAAAGAAUACAUCGCCAGAGGAUGUCUUCCCCCAGCUACUAUCGGUUGUGCUGCCAUCUCAAAAACAAUAGGAUGGAUCUCCUCCCAAACAAGUGACGAUCCAGAAACUCUCCAAAAUUUGAGCUGCGAAACCUGCGAAACAGACAAAUGUAACUCAGCCAGCAAAUUGGCUGGAUUUACACUUGUAGGAAUUAUAUUGUCGUCAGUAGCUUUCAUGUUGUAAACGCUGUACUUAGUUGGUUGUUUUAUGUAACUCUGCAAUUUUUUUAGCUCUGUUUAAGUAAAAAUGCGAAGAAAUUUUAUUGAAAUGUUAUUCGGUGUUUGUCAA